GGCCCCGUCGCCGCUUAUAUACGCCAAUAACUGAGUUGUCACGGAGAAUGUAACAGAAGCGGGCUUCUCCAAGCGAACAUGAGUCGAGAUUUACCCAAUGCAGCCGUGAGCGCAGCUGCCGCCUCGCAUCUGGCCAAUAACAUGGGAGGAGCAGGCCCGCCACAGUUCAUACGCCGCACGUUCUUCCUUGAUGAGACAGGGCAUCGGGCUGUCCGAGUCCUUGGUACGCCUCCUCGAGCCUUCAAGGUUACGGCAUUCCGGACGCGCCUCGCCAAAUGAUCCACCUCGCGACGGACUCCUCCAGAUGCCAAAUUUUAGGGAGCUCCCA